GGGUCCGGCAACCAGGAGGAUUUCAGCGCGGGGCUGCCCCUUUGUUCGUGCGGGCCCCCCCGUGCCCGUGCGGGCGGCGGUCGUGAAACCGGGACCGAACCCACGGCCCCGGUACCGGCAGAGCCGCCGAGCUCCCGCCUCCUUCCCUCGCUCCAUCCCUCCCUCAUCCCUCCCUCCUUCCCUCCCGCCUCCUUCCCGACUCGGCCCUGCCGCGGCCGCGCAGGGAGUGGCCGUGCGGCCGCCUGCCAGGGGCUGCAGCCUGCGGAGGAUCCCGCUCCGCACCCCCGCGGGGCUAUGAGAGGCUCUGUAAGGAUGGAAGAAGAGAUCCACCAUGGAGAAGCCUGAAUGGUGAUACCAGGACAGCUCUUGGAGGCAAUACUGAGAUACAGGAGACAGCAAACAUGUUGAAGCCAAGUGGACUUAAAAUCCCAGGCAGGGCUGGGAAGCAUUCCAGCCCCGUGGGAAGAACAUCAGGGACCACUGCAGCUGCUGUCACCACCAGCUCAAAAGAAGGCUCACCUUUACACAAGCAGGGUCCCACCUCCACCUCCAGCACCGAGAAGUCGUGUUCGAAGGUUGCCGAGGUGGGCGAUGAUUUCCUGGGAGACUUCGUGGUGGGCGAACGCGUCUGGGUAAACGGAGUGAAACCAGGUGUGAUCCAGUACCUCGGGGAGACCCAGUUUGCUCCUGGCCAGUGGGCAGGGGUCGUUCUGGAUGACCCUGUGGGCAAGAACGAUGGCUCUGUCGGAGGAGUUCGUUACUUUGAGUGCCAACCCCUGCAGGGGAUUUUUACCCGACCGUCCAAGCUGACGCGGCAGCCGGUGGCCGAGGGCUCGGGGAGCGACGCUCCCUCUGUGGACUCCCUGACAGCUCAGAACUUGUCACUGCACUCGGGGACAGCCACCCCACCUCUCUCCACCCGCAUCAUCCCCCUCAGGGAGAGCGUCCUCAACAGUGCCAUGAAGACAGGCAACGAGUCGGGAUCCAACCUCUCGGACAGCGGCUCCGUCAAAAAAGGGGAGAAGGAUUUGCGGCUUGGAGACCGAGUGCUGGUUGGUGGGACCAAGACGGGAGUCGUGCGCUACGUGGGAGAGACAGAUUUUGCCAAAGGAGAGUGGUGUGGUGUGGAGCUGGAUGAACCCCUGGGCAAGAACGAUGGGGCAGUAGCUGGGACAAGGUACUUUCAAUGCCCUCCCAAGUUUGGCCUCUUUGCUCCCAUCCACAAGGUGAUCCGCAUCGGGUUCCCAUCCACCAGCCCUGCCAAGGCAAAGAAGAGCAAAAGAAUGGCCAUGGGGGUCUCUGCCUUAACCCACAGCCCCAGCAGCUCCUCCAUCAGCUCUGUCAGCUCAGUGGCAUCAUCUGUUGGGGGCAGGCCCAGCCGCAGUGGCUUGCUGACUGAGACUUCUUCUCGCUAUGCCCGAAAAAUCUCUGGCACCACAGCUCUCCAGGAGGCACUGAAGGAGAAGCAGCAGCACAUUGAGCAGCUCCUGGCAGAGAGGGAUCUGGAGAGGGCUGAGGUUGCCAAAGCCACCAGCCACAUCUGUGAGGUGGAGAAGGAGAUUGCCAUCAUGAAGGCACAACAUGAGCAGUAUGUCACAGAGGCAGAAGGAAACCUCCAGCGAGCACGAGCCCUGGUGGAUGGGAUGCAGAAGGAGAAGAUUGAGCUGCUGAACCAGCUGGAAGAGGAGAAGAGGAAAGUGGAGGACUUGCAGUUCCGUGUGGAGGAAGAAUCCAUCACAAAGGGAGAUCUGGAGUUAACCACAGUAGCUGAGAAGUCCAGAAUCCUGGAGCUGGAGGAGGAGCUGAGCCUGAGGUGCAGCGAGGUGGAUGAACUUCGGCAGUGCCUCCGGAGCUCCCACCAAGCAGAGCCCCCCGAGCAGAACCUUGGCUUCCAGUCAGAGGCUCUUCGUCUGCGAGAUCAGCUGCUGUCUGCCACCAAGGAGCAUCAGAAGGAGAGCAGCCAGCUCAAGGAGAAGUAUGAGAAGACACUGAAGAAGUAUCAGCAGGAGAUGGAAAAGCUGAAGGCUCUCAACGAGAAGUACGCGCAGGAAAUCGUCGACUUGAAGCAUAAAGUUCAGCAAGCUACUAAUGAGAACAUGGGGCUUAUGGACAACUGGAAAUCCAAGUUGGACACGUUGGCUUCUGACCACCAGAAGUCUCUGGAGGAUCUCAAAGCCACGCUGAACACAGGCUCUGACACCCAGCACAAGGAGAUCGUGGAACUGAAGGCAGUGGUGGAGAGUAUAAAGAUGGAACACCAGCUUGAGCUGGAGAACCUGAAAGCAAAGCAUGACAUUGAGACAGCUGUGCAUAUAAAGGAGAAAGAGAGUCUCAAACUGAAGCUGCAGGAGGCUGUGGAUGAAGUGGAGAAAAGCAACAGUGACUGGAAAAUGCAGCUGGAAACCAAAAGCAAUCAGCACCUUCUUGAGCUCCAGGAUGUGAAGGACAAGUGUCGAGAUGCUGAGCUGAGGAUGCAUGAACUGGAGAAACUUCAUGGUGAAUAUAAAGAUCAGACACAAGCCAUAGCUUUCUUGAAAGAGCAGAUUUCUUUGGCUGAGAAGAAGAUGUUGGACUAUGAAGUGUUACAGAAAACAGAAGCCCAGAGCAAACAGGAGAUCCAGAGAUUGCAGGAAAAAGUGCUUGUCUUAGAGAACAAGCUGCAGUCCAUGGAGGCCCUGCACCCUUCUCAGCAUGCAAAUAUGAUUGAAACUAAUGAUAUUUCAGAAGAAAAGAUAAAGAUGAAGCAGACCAUGGAAGACCUUCAAGACAAGCUGAGUAAAAGAGACAAGGAGGUGUCAUUGCUGGUGUCCCAGGCUGAAACUCUAAGGGCCCAAGUAAGUGCUUUGGAAACGAAAUGCAAAACAGCAGAAAAGAAGGCUGACUCAGUAUUAAAAGAAAAGAAGAGGCUGGAAGGUGAACUGGAGUCCUUGACUAAGAAAACACAUGAUGCUUCAGGGCAACUGGUCCUGAUUAGCCAGGAGCUGCUCAAGAAGGAAAGGAGUCUGAAUGAGCUGAGGGCUUUGUUACUGGAAGCAAACCGGCACUCACCGGGGCCAGAGCGGGACCUGAGCCGGGAAGUGCACAAAGCUGAGUGGAGGCUGAAGGAACAGAAGCUCAAAGAUGACAUCAAGGGGCUCAGAGAGAAACUGGUUGUGCUGGACAAGGAAAAAUCCAUCCCAGACCAGCGACGUUACUCCCUGAUCGACCCCUCCUCAGAGUCAGAGCUGAUCCGGCUGCAGCACCGCCUGCUCAGCACCGAGGACGUGCUGAGGAAUGCCCUGGAGCAGGGACACCAGAUGGAGAAGCUCAUGGAAGCCAUGAGGCUCUCCUCGGAGAAAACACAGACUGUUGGAAAUUCUGGGUCAGCUAAUGGGAUUCACCAGCAGGAUAAAUCCCACAAGCAAGAGGAGAAACUCUGAUAGAGAAGAGGUGAAGAGGAUCAUUUCAUGCCAGUAUCAGCUCCUGUGCACAGUCAGGAAAAACAAUACCACAUCUGGCUUUAGCACCUCCAAAAGACCAGACACAGUAUUUUCACUUUAAAGCAGGACAAUAUUUAUAAUAUAUUAACUGUUGUCAUCAGGACAAUCCUGGAGCCCAGUUUUCCAAGACAGCCAUCAUUCCAGGAGGGAGCAGAAAGACUUCUCUGGGUUUGGUAUCUUACUUGUGUUGGUUUUGCCUGUGGACCUUGUAUUGCUUGAGCUGCCCUUGUCCCACCAGCUGGUGUGGGCAGGGCUGAAGUGUCAGUGAGUCCCAAUAACCCCACAGGAGCUGCAGAGGGAUUUCCUUGUGGUGUUCAACUCCAAAGCUUGUGACCAGAGGCUGGACACUGUCCACAUGGUCUUUCCCUUCUCAUCCACCCACCCUGGUGUCCUGAGGACCUGCACGAGCAAGUGAAACCUGCUGGGCUGAGGAAGGAUGGGGUGUGGGGAUGUGCUGCCCUCCUUGCCUUGGAGGAGACUUUGCUGUUCUUGAGCACUGAGUACUUGUAUCAUGUCAUGGGAAAUGAUCAGAUUUCAGAGGGAUAUUUAUUUCCUUUCUUACCCACUGCUCUUUGGGAAGGGAGCUGUGCUGGCUCUGAGUUUGGGGACAGGCAAACCUUGCUUAGAUGGGGUUGGCCUUUCUUCCUGCAGGAAAAACAGCAGCCCCAGCCUGGGUCCCCUCACUCAUAGGGGUUUUCCUGGGUCUUUUUGGAGCACAGGCUCCACAGGUGGCUGAAUCUCAGCAUCCUCAGCAUCCUGAGGGCUCCAGCCUGGCUGCAGGCAGUGUGGGACAGAUGCCUGGAAGAGAUGGUUCUGUUUAAUUUAACAGCUAAUUGAGGAUUGUCUGGUGUUUCUCCAGAGCUGUUCUUGGCUCUUCAGUCUGCUGCCCAAGCUCUAUAACCAGGAAGGGAGGAGGCUAAGGGAAUGUGAGCAUCCCUGGAGCAGAGGCUGGCUGGCCGUGAUGGGUUCAGCAAUGCUCUGGACAUGACCUCAAGCCAAGCAUUUGGAGCAGAACCCACCCAGCUCUUGUGUCCACCCAGCAGUGCAGGCCCAGGCAAAGGUCUUGUUCCUUCUUCUGAAGGCUUUUUCUCUAACUUUGCACCAAAGCUCCCAAGGGACAUCAAGGUGGAGAAAGGGGACAAUGUGCUCUUGAAGGUGUGAGACUCCAGAUUCACUUUCAAUACCCCAGGGAAAAAUCACAGCAAUAUUUUCCAGGCUUUAACCUCUAGUUAGUGCCCACCUCCUCCAGAAGAGCCUUCAGAAGCUCUUGUGUGUUAUGCUGGGGCAUCUGGGGAAGAGAAGAAGACAGAAGACCUCUGAGAGAGGAGGCCAGAGCCAGACCACAGGCAGAUGAGCAUCCCAGCAUCUCAGCUCCACUGUGUUUUGCCCUGAUAUUCUAUAAAGUUGUUUUUUUUUUCUUAGUGGGUUGCCACACUUCCUCGAGGGAUGAGCAGCCAGAAGCAACCUGGGAAAGACUUGGGCUUCUUGGCUGAAGUUCUGCCAUGAGGAGGGUGUUGCUGCAUCUGGGCUUAUGAUAAAAUAUUACCUCCCCUCCCCUCACUUGCUGCAGGAGAGGUGAUCUCCCCCCAUUUGAAGGGAGGAAGGUGACCUCAGGGGAUAAAGCAGGUCAGAAACCACAGCUGAAAUCUCACACGUUGCAAAGGGAGGCAGAGCUUGGGAUCCAGAAUUCCAAGUGGGAUCCCAUCCUGCCUUGGAGAGAUGUUUCAUCAGCUCUUACUGGCACCACAUCUCUGCCUCUCCCUGGGGCUUUCCCAAGGGAUGCUCUCCAAGGCUGAUCUCCAAAAUCUUCCUGGUUGGUGUUUUUAUCUCCUGAGGGAUUUGGGAAAGUCCUAGGGGGAGUGUUUGUUGUCAGAGCCUGCAGUGGUGAAUACCUCCCUUGGAGCUGCUGGUUUCAGGAAUUUAGAGCAGGUGUUUCCCAAGGUGCUGCUGUGGGCUGGGUGGUUUCUGGAGUUUGCAGCUCCUGCUGGGCUUGAGUGGGACUGACACGGAGCUGCCUGCAUUCCUGGCUCUGAACCCAGGGCUUUGUGGACACCUGCAGGUUCAGGAGUCCACUCUGGUUUGUACCUUAUUUUCCCUGAUAGGUCUUCUAGUGAUUUGUGACCCAAAUCUGCCUUCACCUACAGAGGGAAAACCCUCCUGCAUUUGCUGUCUCCUGUGAUGUACCUUGAGCUCUGCAGGAUCCCCCCAGGAGUGGUUGUAGUGACUGUGUAUUUGGUUCCAUUAAUGAGAUCCAAAGUUGUCAGGGUGGGAAUGCUUCAGGCUGGAGGAGUUCUGUUCCCUGGCUUCUGUUCUUUCUUCUGGCUUCUUUUCCCUGCCAGGGACCAUCCCCUGUGAGCAGCUCAGACCUUUGCUCUCCCCAGUGGUCCCAGGUGACUGCAGAGCAGCAGCAGAUGGGAUGGGUCUGAGCAGAGGUGAAGUUGGUGCUGCUGGGCUUCUCUGGCUGUCUAUAGCUGUGCUGGUGCCUGAGGAUCAGCCAGGAUAUGGUGGCACUUCUUGGCUUUCUGCAGAACUUUGUGAUCUUGGUGUUGCAGGGCUGUACUGAAAUAGGCAGUGACCUGAAACCAGGUCCCCUGUGUCCCCUUCACCCUUGGGGUGCAGGUCCACAGAAGCUGCUCCCCAAAAGGUCUGAUGGUGUCCACAGGGUUAUCACAUAUGUCUUGGGGUUUCAGCUCAACUCUCUAAGGGGCCAGAAGAGGUUUGGACACCAGCCCUGUCCUCCCUCUCCCAAAUUGGCUCAGGCUUCCCUAUGGCUGCCCCUCGGAGGUAGGGACAAACUUGGAAGAGACAAGGAGGAGAUUUUCCCCAGCCCCUCUAUUUAUUUGUAAGUGUAAGUGCUAUUUUUGGUGGUGUAUAAAGUCCUUCCUGAUCUUUGCUCUCACUGGCUUGGCUCUGUAAGGGAGAUUUUCCAGGGUGUUGGAGCACUGGUGCACCCACCUCCUGCUCUCAGUCAGGGCUUGGGUCCUGUUCGUGCCUUCACUCCCCUUUUGGCUUCAGCCUCGCUCUUCUCUCCAGCCCGAGAGCUGCCACGGGGGGGCUGUGUCCUCCCCUGCCCCUCUCCCCCCCCUCUGUGGUUCUGCAUCCAGAGCCACCUCCCGAGCAUCCUCCCCAGGAGCCCCAGGAGCUGGGGAGGGGGGAGCAGGAGGCAGCAGGGGAAUGAAAGUCUUUGAAGUGGAUUCAGCUCCAUGGUUUAGUGCUUUCUUCUCUAACCCUCUAGACCAAAGGGAAACAAACCUGUCUUGCUUGGUGACUUCAGCUUAUCCUCCUAAGCACCCAGAGAUCUGGAGGAAGGGGCAGGCAGCACAGGGACCCCCGGGUGCCAAAGCUGCCAGCCAAGGCUUUCCCAGCUCUUUGCCUCCCCCAGCCACCACCAGCCCUUCCUCUGGCUUGCAGUAGAGAUGCAUGAGGGUUUCAUGAAAACAAAAUGAUGCAAAUAACACUGUAAAAGUCUUAAUAAAAAAAAAAAAAACCAACCCACUGCUCCGUUCUCUGGCAGCUUUAGCAGCUCAGCACUAUCUUGUAGGGAAUUAUUAAUACACUAAGAUCCUGUAGGCCUCAUGUAAGUUACCAGAGUAAAGAUGAUCCUAGAUGUAUAAAUGGCUGAUAACCUUUUACCCGUACAGUAUGUAUUACAAUUUUGUAGCUUAGUCAUUUUUUGGCUAUCAGAUUUUGUUAGUAUGA